GCUUCUCUCUACUUCUCCCAUGGCUCCAAUCUGUUUUCUUCUUCUUGUUGUUGCAACUUUUUUUGCUAACCCAUUUUCAUUACUUGCUCAGCCUGCAAAUCCCACCUCCAGUAUCAGUGUUGUUGGUGUUGUUUACUGUGAUACUUGCUCCACUAAUAUUUUCUCUAGACACAGCUACUUCUUGCCAGGUGUGGAUGUUCAUGUCCAGUGCAAAUUCAAAGCAGAGUCACCUAAAACAGCAGAGCAGAUAAACUUCUCAGUGAACAGAACAACAGACAGAUAUGGGAUAUAUAAACUGGAAGUACCACAAGUUGAAGGUGUUGAUUGUGUAGAUGGCUCAGCAAUUGAAUCUUUAUGCCAGGCAAGUGUAAUUAGCAGCUCAUCUUCAGCUUGCGAUGUUCCUGGUUUAAAGACAACAGCUAAUGAGGUAUCUGUCAAGUCGAAGCAAGAUAAUCACUGCAUUUACAGCUUGAAUGCAUUAAGUUUCAGGCCAGCCAAAAGAAAUGAUAUCUUGUGUGGAAAUUAAAGCCAUGAGUUGCCAAGUUCCUGCAAUUCUUCAAUGGCCAAGAACUUGGAUAGACCUCAGAAUCAAAACCCAUAAUAGAUUUCUUCAUUUAUCAUCUCAAACUGGUUUGUAUUUGAUAUGUUAUUGUAUUGAAAAAACAGAUGGGUAUAGAAAUAUAAGUGGAUUCCCUUGAUAAGAUCA